AUGUCAUCUUGCCUUCAAAAUAUUGUCAGCAUCGAGAGUACCAUAUGGCCGCCUAACACAAUCUUUGAGAAGAUCUGGGCGCCAAACUUCGUUGAAUUGCUGUUGCUCCGGCUUCGCAGUGUUCAGGACGAGACUGAGCCAUCAAGACGGGUUCUAUGGAGGCAAACACACGGUGGAGACGCUCAAGACACAGUCCCUUGGUGGCACGCGCUACCGACUCCAGAUUUCGAAGAAAUUAAGAAAGACCUCGCACAGGACAUGCAUCGCGCCUCGGGUGAUUUCAAAGGAGCUCAAAAGCGACCAAAUCCUAGCAACGAAGAAGAAGAUUCUCAAAUCCCCUUGCCUUCUGCAAAACGAGACACACCAACUCCAUCCUUCUGGUUACAAGAAACUAUUACCACCUUGUUCCCCCCGAACGCUUUCGACCAACCAUUCUCAGAUUCAUCGGUGGAGCUAGCUACACACAACCUACCCUUCCAAUUCGACCAAGGCUACUCUGCAUCCUGUAACUCCCAAUUCUAUGCUCAACAUGAUAACCUUGAACAAAAUUCCCCUGGGAAGUGUUUUUAUCUCCAUCGCCCAACCUCGCAAGCUUCUAGCAAAACAAAGCGGAACAAAGAGAAAACACGAGGGUCCGCCGGGCGCAAACCUGAAGCAGUGGUCCUGGUGGUCCCUGCGGACAGACUCAAAGAGCAAGUGGCCCGUUCCCAAGCUUACCUCCCAAAAGGAUGCCUCUGUGGCUGCGGCGGCGAUGCUAUGCACUGUCACAGACCUCCAUCACUUUUUACCUCCUCCAAAGAAGUCAAGGCUCCAGACAUUGCGUCCAUGCUCGAAACGAGGCUUGAUGAUGCUGCGACAAAUGAUGAGCUUUCGAAUCGAAUUUGGUUUGGAGAGGAGUUUGACAGCCAUACCUCAGAUAGGGAAUCUUUGGAUUCGUCGAUAUGGACUGUUAAUGGCGACGACCGAGGCAAUAUCCUCAAAACGUCUUCUCGCUCCCUUGACGCCGACACCUACGAUAUGAGAACCAGGAACGACGAUCGAGUGCAAGCGUCUCGCAAGCGCCGGCGCUCGACGAGUCCACCAGACACUCCUAUGCGCAGUCCGGACGAAACUGCGAACACAUUCCUGCAUGGCUUUACGUAUGGGCCUAACCAUGCGCCUCAUGGUGUCCAUCUUUAUGCAUCUGGUGAAAAGGCUAUCAACGAAUUUGCAAACUUCGAAAAUACUCUAGUUUCCUCUCGCCAUUCGUUCACACGGGCACCUACUUCCCCUCCCGAGGCCAACCCGUCAAAAACACCUGCCCCCUACAUUCCUGAUAGGUUUCUUCCGUUGAAGAUUCCAUGUUACUCCGAGAUAUUUUCCUCUCGUGCCGAGAGAGAGCCGCCAAGAGAAGAGGGCGCGGACUGUUGCGAUAAACGCUCAAAGCUAUGA